AUUUGUAACUGAGUCAUACAUCUCAAAAGAUUACAAGUAAUAAUAUAACGGAGCAUUAAUUCAAUGAAUUGUGUGUGCAUGUCAAACACAUCUGCUCAAAAAUAUAUAGAUAUAGAUAUGUACACAAUAAAAAAAAAUGUAAUAGUAAAGCUAAGUAAAGGAAGGAGGAAGAAAAAUAGUAGUUGUGAAAGAAAAGAGUAUGGUAGGAGAAAUUAAGGCCCCUACUCCACAGGGCGAUGUCUUGACGUCACCAGGCAAAUUCAAGCAACUACCAGUUAGGUUUGUUGCUUGUAAAAACUCGUACGGUACGCUUAGUAAUUCAAGUUGUAUCAAAGAAAGAGUCCACGCCAGGUAGAGGUAGAAUAAUCGGAUAGUAAAGUAAACGGCAGGUCAGCAUAUACUAUACAUUGAAGAAUUCAAACAAGUUCUGCAUCAACUGCAUUUAUCUCUUUUAGUACUAAUUUUUUAUUGUAUACCUGAGUGUUGUGACCUGAAGCAGGUUUACCUGCAUGUUAAUUCUAUCAUCCUACUAACACUACUGUAUGUCAAGGGACUUUGAGGCGCAAGAAAGAAAAUUUCAUUGAGAAAAUGGGUACCAGGGGCGUUAUCCAAUGGUCCAUAGCAUUUAUCGGCCUACUAGUUGUUUUUAUAGUACCAGCUAAUGGAAUUUCAUGUUAUCAAUGUACUAGUACAAAUAGUUCAAGUCCUUUUCAAUGUAGCGAAAAUUUGUCAAGUGAUACUGAUUUAAAAGCAACACCAUGUAGUGAUGUUUAUGGAGCUAAAUUUUGUCUGAAACAUGUUGGACGAUUUGAGGUACUGGGAAUCAAAUGCUAUCAGUGUACAACGGAGGAAGACUGGAAAUGCGGUGAUCAUGCUUUAGUGGUGGAAGCAAUGACACUUAAAAGCUGCGAUUUUGUUGAUAACGCCCAGCAUUGUGUCACAACCGUUGGGCGAUAUGGAGGUGGGGUCGGAACCAAGCGUAUGUGUUCGUCAGUUGAUUUGGGAAACACGUGCAGCUAUGAUCUUGGUCAGCCUGGUGAUACAUUGAAGUAUCGCACCUGUGUAUACACAUGCUCUACUGAUGGAUGUAAUCCAGCUUCAACACAUUUACCAAACGUAAUUACAAUCGUUGCUUUAACUUUAGCUAUAAUCUACUUUUUUCGGAGAUAAAAAUGAGUCAAACUCGUAAAAAAUAAUAUUAAUUUAAUUAUCUUUUUGUAUAAAAUUUUAAUAUCUCCCAAACGUUCCGUCCACUGAGAGCCAAAUGAUCUAAGACAUAGUCUUAGUUUUAUAAUUUGUUUUUUUAAGAAAAUUUAUGCCUAACGUAUUUUUCUAAAUAUUAGAAAAUAUUGAAUAGUAAUCAUAUACUUAGUAUAUUGAUAGAUCCGUAAUAAUGAACAAAAUUUAUUAAUUACUAUUAUAAUUAAUAAGUUAUGACAAACUAAUUAGAUGUUUAUGUUAAAAUAAAAUAAAAUAAUAUAGCUAAUAAGUCAUAGGCUGUAAAAAUACUUGAAAAGAUUCCGUCCAAUGCUCAGAUUAUUUAUUAAUAAAUAAUCUAAAAGUUAUUGACUCACAUUUAUACGUCCUUUUUUAUGAAUAAAUAUUAAGUGUUUAAUAUUGUACAAUAAAUAUUUAUUACUAUGA